AUGAAUAUUCAGCUUGAUAAUCUUAAGUCAAGUACUCUAGUCAAUAUGGAAAUGGUCCUAAAAAAGCUGCCAGGAGAUAAAUACAUGCUCAUUGAGCCCGGAUUGCUUAGAGCCAUGGAUCGCACUGUUUCAAUGCAUUUUCUCUCCAGCCUGGGGGUGAAAAAGAUCUUCAAAAUCCAAGAGUUACCCCCUGAGGCAUCUUUUUCAAGAUUAGUUUAUGUCAUCUCACCUACUCGAAAUUCCGUUCAAACUGUUCUUGAUCAUGCUGAAGUUGAUCGUAAGGCGCAGAUAAAGCGAACCAAACUGAUUGCAUUUGUCCCUAAACACACAGUUGCUAUGAAAUCCAUCUUAGAGUCAAGUGGUGCUCUUGGAAAUGACCUUCAGAUAGCGGAUCUCUCUUUUGGCUGGAUCCCCAUUGAUGUUGAUUUGAUCUCCUUGAAUCUUCCAGAGGCCUUCACGAAUUAUUUCUUGCAUGGCGACACGGCCUGGCCUUAUCACUUCGGACAGAUGUUGGGUCAUGUUCUGGAAACUGUUCUUCCAGAUGGCCAGUCACCGACGGACAUCAAUAGUUUACCUGAUCGUAUUCGGCCCAGUCCAGAUUUCUGA